CUGUCCUGGCACACAAAGGCCAUUUAAGAAAAAGGUCAAAAUCAGGUCAGUUAAAUAUUUCAAAAUUGCGAAAAUACGCCAAAUAAUUGAAUUAAAGAAUAUUUUUAUAUUUUCUAAUUGAAAAUCUCAUUUUCCAGAAAGUGGGAGAUUUUUUUUUCAAUUCAACGGAAAAGAAAAAUUUCAUUCUCCUGGCAAAAAAAAAAAAAAAUUUAUCGCCAUGUUGGAGAGCGCAUCGUCAUCGAUUCUUCGUCUUGCUGCUGCUGCCUUUCCUGAACCAGGAAAGCCACGCGCUGCCAUCUGGCAGUCGUGCAUACUCGUUUAUCGACCCACCCGACAGACAAUUCAUCAAAUUCAACUAGAAUUUCGGACUCCAAAAAAAAUUACAUAAUUUGAAAAAAGUCUGAAAAUGCAGCCCUGCAUGUAAGAACAAUAGUGUUUUGCAAUUUCAACAUGAAGCAUGAAGCACAAAACUGGAGUGACGAAAAAAUUCUGAGAUGUUGCCUGAAAGUGAGGCAAACAUUGAAGACAUGACAGAAGGAGGGGAAAAUCAAGCAAGCAGUGAUAGCGGAGCUGAUGCCUCUGAAUCGAGAUCUAUUCAGGGGGAGGUUUCGAAUGAAGGAACGGUGGAAACAUCACCUGGCUUAUGUCAAGAAGUUCUUACUGUCCAAGGUGUAAUACAAGGCGACAAUAACGAUGCAGCUAAUGAAUCAACUUCGAGUCGUGUAAGCUCAGUGACAGUUGUAUUGCCUUGGGGAGCACAAAAAGAAACCUGUAAACCACAUCAAAUAGCAGAUAUGGAUUUGAGACCAGGAGAAUUUGUGAUGCGAACAUUGUUCGCUGAUUUCACUACACAAGCUGAGAAAAAAAUGGAGACUGUUAUGACUGAUCAUGAAAAACCUCUUUCAAAAGUUUUACAACGUGGAGAAGAUUCACAAUUUGAUCAAUUACUCUCUGCGUUUGGUUCGGUCGCUGAACAUUGUCUACCAUCGAUUCUCAGGGCUUUAUUUGAUUGGUAUGAGAGACAAUUAGUUGACCAUGGCACUGAUCAAAAGAAACAAUCGUCCGCGAAAGAAGAUCAAAAGGGAAAAAGUAUAAUGUAUACAAUAGUUUCUGGAAGUGUAGAAACUGUUGAGCGAAGUGAAGCAGAUUUAAUGCAAGAACGAAGAGAUUUAUCAGUGGAAUUUAUAUUUUGUUUAGUGUUGAUUGAAGUUCUACGUCAAUUACCAUUCCAUCCAGGACAUGAGGAUCUUGUAACGUACAUCGAAAAUAUAGCUUUUAAACAUUUUAAAUACAGAGAAGGAAUUCAAAAUGAACCAAAUGCAGCAAAUAUUCACAUUAUUGCUGAUUUAUAUGCUGAAGUUAUUGGAGUUCUCGCACAGUCACGAUUUAUGUAUGUGCGUAAACGUUUUAUGAUUGAAUUAAAGGAACUUAGAGCGAAGGAACCAGGACCUCACACUACCCAAAGUAUUAUUUCUUUACUAAUGGGAAUGAAAUUCUUCAGAGUGAAGAUGGUUCCUAUCGAAGAGUUUGAAGCAUCAUUUCAAUUUAUGCAAGAGUGCGCUCAAUAUUUUUUAGAAGUUAAAGACAAAGAUGUGAAACACGCUCUUGCUGGACUUUUUGUUGAAAUUCUCGUACCUGUUGCUGCCGCUGUGAAAAAUGAAGUAAAUGUUCCAUGUUUAAAAAAUUUCGUGGAAAUGUUGUAUUCGACAACAUUAGAUAUGUGCACGAAGAAUAAACAUCGUUUGGCACUAUUUCCAUUGGUAACGUGUCUUCUUUGUGUUAGUCAAAAAACAUUUUUCCUUCAGAGUUGGCAUUGUUUUCUAGCAAUGUGUCUCUCUCAUCUCAAAAAUCGAGAUCCCAAAAUGUGUCGAGUUGCCUUGGAGGCCUUGUAUCGUUUACUUUGGGUUUACAUGAUACGUAUAAAGUGCGAAAGUAAUUCGGCAACGCAGAGCCGUUUACAGAGUAUUGUAAAUUCAUUAUUUCCAAAAGGUUCAAAGGCCGUUGUUCCCCGUGAUACACCAUUGAAUAUUUUUGUGAAAAUCAUUCAAUUUAUUGCCCAAGAGAGACUUGAUUUUGCCAUGAGGGAAAUAGUGUUUGAUCUUUUAUCCGUUGGUCGUCAUGUGAAAAUUAUUUAUACUCCCGAAAGAAUGAGUAUUGGACUUAGAGCAUUUCUUGUUGUCGCUGAUAGUUUACAGCAAAAAGAAGGAGAACCGCCUAUGCCACGAACGAUGGGAGUUCUUCCUAGUGGAAAUACAAUGCGUGUGAAAAAAACUUAUCUCAAUAAGAUGCUUACGGAAGACACAGCAAGAAGCAUAGGAAUAUCUUCUUAUUUUCCGCACGUUCGUCGUGUUUUCGUUGAUAUUUUACGAGCUCUAGACGUUCAUUAUGGACGACCUCUGAUGAUGACAAGUACACAAAAUAUGAAUAAAGAACCCGAUGAGAUGAUGACAGGAGAACGAAAGCCAAGAAUUGAUUUAUUUCGCACGUGUGUCGCGGCUGUUCCUCGUUUAAUACCGGAUGGAAUGACUGGAGCUGAAUUAGUCGAUUUAUUAGCACGUCUCACUGUUCAUAUGGACGAAGAAUUAAGAGCACUGGCUUAUCAAAGUCUUCAAACUCUAGUUCUUGAUUUUCCCGAUUGGAGACAAGAUGUUGUUUUGGGAUUUACGCAAUUUCUUGCGAGAGACGUUCUAGACACAUUUUCACAAUUGGUCGAUAAUGGUUUAAGAAUGUUGUUACAAUUAUUGACAAGUUGGAAAAAUGCUCUAUCAAGUCCCAGUGUGAGAUCUAAAGAACAACCCGUUGACAACAAUAGAAUUCACCUUCGAAUUGAUUCAGUGAAAAAAAUGGAAACAAAUCAAAAAGUCGAACCAGUGUCAAGUGUUUUUCAUUUUGUCGAAGGAUUUGCGCUUGUUAUGCUUUGUAAUUGUCGACUCUAUCCACGUCGUUUGGCUGUGCAUAUUUUAAGAGAAAUUAAACUUCUACUGAAAACUUUAGGGAGUCUUGAAGAUGAUCAACCUGUAAUCGAUGUUAUUGACGCGUGUUGUCCAGCUGUUUUAGAAAAAUGUUAUCACAUGUUACCACCAGCGGAAAAAGCGGCUGCAGCAUCAAAUUCAAAUGUUGAUCUUCAAUGGAUUGCUGACAGAAGUAGUUGUGUUUGGACUGCUGGUUUUCAUGACGAGAGUAGUACAAAAAGUUCGUCGUCUUUAAAUCUAAAUGGCGCCGAUCCCUGGAGUAGUUGUUUAUUUGCAUUUUUGGAAAAGGAUCGAGUCCUUACACUUUGUCCCAAUGCUGUGGCGCAUUCCUGGCCCAUUGUUUUUACUCGGAUUAAUUCAUUAUUUACUGUCGUCGAUCCAACACCUGUGAACGACAAUAGAGCCUCCCUUCUGAGAAGUUCGACUGCAAUUAGAAAACCCGUUAAUGAAAGAGAUAUUUACAUGCACGUUUGGAAAAAUUAUCUGACUUUUGGAUAUCGUGUUGUUCCUCCCAUUCCAAGUCCUGUUGUUCGAUGUGCAAGUCCAGAUCUCAGUUUAAGUGGUCAGCAAACGGUGGAGUUUGGUGUGUUGUGCAUGAGUAAGGAGUUGAGUCAAAGCCUGGAAAAUCUCGGUGGGGCCCAGACCCUGCCGGGUCGGUUCUCAGUACCGUCCAUUUCCGGAAUCUACACCAGACAUAAGAGAACAAGCUCAUCGCCAGAUAGUCUUUCUGCUGAACGAGGUGACAAUAAAUCUCCGGGAACAAAUGCCAGUCCUUCAGCUUUGUAUAAAUUAACAGUGCCUUUACUCAGGUGCGAGGCUGUUGAUGUUAGAGAUGCUGCCGUUCAAGCAAUUGGCAAAGUUAACGCCGAUGCAUUAAAAGAUUUGAUGGAAGAAUUAGUGCCCUAUAUUAAAGAAGCUGUUGAUAGAAAACAAGAAAAUAUGAGAAGACGACGUAGACGAGAUGCUCUAAGACUACAACUUGUUCGUGUCCUGGAAUUAAUUGCCGAGUAUGGAACAUUUGGAAUUUGUCCAGCAGUUUUAGACCGUGAAACUCAAUCUCUACAUCCUACUUUUAUUGAAUAUAUGGAUGGUGCGAGAUUAUUUUUGGAAAAUGAAAAUGAUAAAGAAGCCCCUGCCGUUCGUGACAUCAAGUUACAUUUUUGUAAUUUUAUUCGAAAAAUGAUUAAGAGUUUCACAUUGGAAACGUGUCACACUCUUUUAAAAAGAGAUUUACGUCGCAAUUUAUUUACACUUUUUGCCAGUUGGGCCGGUCCUUAUGGAAGACCUAUUACGAACUCUUCACUAUCGCAUGAAGAUGAAAGAGCCUGCUCUGAAUUGCAGCUCUCUGCACUUCAAGCAAUGAGUGGAUUAUUAUGCUGUGGUCCCUGUUUUAAUCCCCAAUCUUUAUCUGAAGAGGGUGCAAUUCUAUAUCAAUGGUUAGAUCUUUUAUUAUCCAGUAAAGAUGAAAAGAUUUAUAUUUUGGCUCGAGAAACUGUGGUGCUUCUCUUGGAAGGAAAUCCUGAUAUUGGAGCUCUUCUUGAAUGGGUUGUCGAUCGCUGCUAUACUGGAGCACCUCAAGUAGCUGAUGGAUGUUUCUUAGCUCUUGCAACUAUUUUCAGUGCAAGAGAAUAUCCUUGCGAUCAUUAUACGAGUGUAAUCAAUGUCACUUUGAUGAAUACGGGAUGUCCAAGAGCUCCUGUUCAUGAUGCUGCCUUACAGCUUUUACAACUUCUUGAUCAGAGAUUCUUUGGAAAUGUUAGCCCUUUGAUUGCUACGGAAUUCGACAAUGGACAAGAUGAAUUAGCAGUUGGUUCAUCAGCUGCUGGGGCAGGACAAAUUAGUACAAUUACUGGAGGAAAAUUAAGAGGUGGCACACUUGAUGCUUUACUUUCAACAACUUAUUGUCGAAAUCAAAUGUAUCUUUCACGUCAACUUGCUCAACUUCAUCCAGAAUUGACAAUGCCCAUGUUUAGUGAAAUUACUCAUAGAUUUCAGACUGCUCGUAGGGAAGUUCGCCAGUUAUUACUUCAAUAUUUACUGCCUUGGCUUCAUAAUAUGGAACUUGUUGAUCCAAAUGUUCCACCUCCGUCGAAUCCUCUCAGUUAUUACCAGUAUUAUACAAGUGACGUGACCCGAGGAGGUGGUCGCAGAGAAGGUUGGGGUAGCGCUGAAGCAACUGAAAUGGUUCUCAAUAAUUUAUUUUAUAUAACUGCAAAGUUUUCCGAUGAACAUCCAAAGGAAAUAGAAGAAUUAUGGGCGACACUUUGUGGAUGUUGGCCAAAUAAUCUCAAAGUUAUCAUUCGUUAUCUCAUUAUUGUUUCAGGAAUGGCACCCCAAGAACUUCUAACAUACGCGAAACGUGUAGUUCUUUAUUUGGCAAGAGCUCGACCCGAUAGACUCGUCGAUGAAAUGAUGAUUGAAUUACAAACAGUGGAAACUCUCAACUGUUUAAUCGAAAGAACUGAAACACCACCUUUUUAUCGUUUAACAAGUAUGAGAAAAGCAUCGUCUCACAGCGAUGCACCAGCGGCUGAUCCCGCCAAUCCAUCCAGAGAUUUAGCUGUUGAAAAAGGAACUAUUCAUACUAAACGACAUUCUGGAGAGGAUCCUAUUAAAGCGGGUGGCUCCAAAUCAGAUUCAGCAUUACGAGCAUUGGCUACAUUCUCAAAUUCAAGAAUUGAAAAAACAAGAACUGCUAGUGGACCUGCAAUGCUGCCAGAUGAUCUUUCUACUCCAACAACGGAACCUGAGAUGAAUACAGAUGAAACAUGUUAUGCCACUCGGAAUGGAGCAACAGGUGUCAGUGGAAAAGUCGUUUGUGUUGGUGAUAUAUUCGAUAUUCCUCAACCACAUCCAUUACCAAUGCCUGAAUACGGAGGAUAUUUUGCACCAUUAACAGAAUAUUUACCCGAUAGUUCACAACCAAUCAGCGGAUUUCAUCGAUGCAAUAUUGCUGUAAUGCUUCUGACAGACGUUGUUGUUGAUGGAAUACAAUUGGAUUGGGCAAUUCAUGUUCCAUUAAUGUUGCACAUUAUUUUCUUGGGUUUGGAUCAUUCACGACCAUUAGUGAGGGAUCAUUGUCGAUGUUUACUUUUGAAUCUCUUGGUUGUAUUGGGUGAUCAUCGCGAUCAUCUUGGUGUAGCUCGUGUUUUAUUAGCUACAAAAACUGAACAAUUGGGACUUGGAUUAUCAACACCACCAUUACCUGUAAUUGAGCACAAUUUUACGGAAGUUGAUCCAGAGUUUGAUAGUUAUCUUUAUGGUCCAUCAACUGUUCCUCAGCCGUCAAGUCCUCCACAAGCAAAUUCACCACCUCCGACUUCGCCUUCAUCGUCUCCACCUCCUCCACCACCACCACCUCCGCCUCCUCCACCGCCACAACCACCACCACCUCCUCCUCCACCUCCUCCGCCGCCGCCACCACCACCUCCGUCAUCGUCAAAUGUCACUCCAAAUCAUUCUCCAAUCAAUACAUCAUUGACUACAAGAUGUUCAAUUAAUCAAGCAGUUCAAUCUUUCGCCGAUUCGAAAAUUCAAACUAUUUAUUCAUAUGAAUCAACAUCGGGAAAUGGAUGGCCUCCAUCUGUGAGAACAGUAACGACCAUUGGAUUACCGCCUGUGAUUGUGACACCUGAAGAUGGUGUUAAUUGGACUGGACCACAAUCUGGUUCGAUAAUGUCUAUUCAAGAUGUUAUUAAAUCAUUGAUAAAUUUCCUUGCCUCAAGAACAAAUCAACCCUUGUGGAAUUACGAAGAUAUGACUGCAAAAGUUUGGUACGUUCGAAGUGCAGAGCAAUUGACAAUUUUAUUGCGUCAUGUAUUGCGAGUCUUUAGAGAAUCAUUACCACAUGCACUUGUUAGUCAACGUUGGGCUCAAACAGCUCUUCAAUUAGGACUCUCAUGUUCAUCGAGACAUUAUGCCGGUAGAUCACUUCAAGUUUUUCGCGCUCUUCGUGUUCCCAUUACUUCGCGAAUGCUCUCUGAUAUUUUAUCCCGACUGGUGGAAACUGUUGCUGAACAAGGCGAAGAUAUGCAGGGAUACGUCACCGAAUUACUCUUAACUCUCGAGGCAGCAGUUGACUCUUUGGAAUCAGACUUUAGGCCUCUAGACUUUAUGAAAGAAAUCUUUAAAUCCACUCCCAAUUUAAAUAAUAAAGAUGCAGCGUCAAUUAUUAAGAAAACAGGAAAUAUGUAUCCUGCAGGAGCUCAUGUUUAUUCGCAUCUUUAUCAAUCGGGACAUACACGCAGUACAAGUUACUCAGUCAGUUACUGCAUGAGAAAAUCAGCAGCUGCAAAUACAAGUGAUGUGAAAGAACUAGAUAAUCGAGUUGGCAAUAAAUAUCCAAAUUCAAAUCUUUCGAGAUCAAGAUCAGCGCAAUCAUUAAAAUUAUUGGGUGAUUCUGCAACACAAGAUGAUAAAAUGACAAUAUUGGCACAAUUAUUUUGGCUCUCAGUUUCUCUUCUUGAAUCUGAUUAUGAACAUGAAUUUUUACUUGCCCUUCGUCUUUUAGAUAGAGUUUUGCAUAGAUUACCAUUAGAUCGUCCAGAUGCAAGAGAUAAAGUUGAAAAAUUACAACAACAAUUAAGAUGGAAUUCAUUUCCUGGUGUACACGCUCUUUUAUUGAAAGGUUGCACCAGUCCAAAUACAUAUGAGCCUGUUGUUACUUUGCUAUCUCAAUUUACGACCUUUUUGGACCUACCGGUUGUCGAUCCAACGCAAAGUCUCGCCUUUCCAAUGAACGUUGUUUCUCUGUUGCCCUAUAUGCUUCUUAAUUACGAAGACGCUAAUGAAUUAUGCAUUCGAAGCGCGGAAAAUAUUGCUCAGGUGAGCGCUGAGAAGGGAAAAAAAUUGGAAAAUUUAGGAACAGUUAUGACUCUAUAUAGUCGUCGAACAUUUAGUAAGGAAAGUUUUCAAUGGACAAAAUGUGUUGUUAAAUAUCUUUACGACACAUAUGCGCAUUUGAGUUUCAAUAUGUUGGCAUUUUUAGUUGAAGUUUUGGAAAAAGGACCAGGAAAUGUUUCACUUCCUGUUCUCAGUAUUAUACAUUGUAUGUUGCAUUACGUCGAUCUCGCAUCUCAAGCUGCACAACCAAUAACAACUGAAUUGUUACGAGUUAUUUCUAAAUAUGUAGAGGGACCACAAUGGAAAGAAUCGUUGAAAAUUCUCAAACUUGUCGUAACACGUUCAUCAACACUCGUUGCACCGCCAACUUCCGUUCAUGGACCCAAUUGGGAUUCAUCGUCAGCAUCUCCACAUCCAAGUUUCACUGACACUGAAAUAUUCACAAAAAAAGAAUUACCCGGAAGAACGAUGGACUUUACUUUUGAUCUUUCACAAACACCUGUUAUUGGAAGACGUUGGUUAAUUCGUCAAAUUGGUGAGGAGAAAAAUCUCAAUUCUCCAAGACGAUCCUUGUCACUAUCUCCGGCUGAUAAUAAUGCCAUUUCCGGUUGGAAGAAACCUUGGAUGUCUCAGAGCCGUGUCAGGGAGUGUUUAGUGAAUCUUUUGACAACUUGCGGACAGAGAGUCGGAUUACCAAAGAGUCCAUCUGUGAUAUUCAGUCAGAGUUCCGAUUUAAUGGAAAGACAAUCUUCAAUGGCAUCGUCAACAGAAGAAGUAUCUGGUGCCAAUAAUGAUUUGAGUGGAGGUUCGCGACGCGACGAUGAACAAUUUGGCGUCUUUAAGGACUUUGACUUUCUUGAAUACGAAAGUGAGAGUGUCGAGGGCGAGAGCACUGAUAAUUUCAAUUGGGGUGUACGUAGACGGCCACUCAGCGAAGGAGAAGAACGAGAACCAAGUCUUCGACAUUUUGAAGAGAGUCUCAGUGAAAAAACAUUGUCAUCAAGCAAACAAACUACGAGGAAAGGUGUGGCUGAGGAAUCUUCAGACGACGAAGUUGGAUCUGAAUCUCCAUUGGAUGAAGUGCCAGGUGGCGCGGGUACUGGACAGGAAGCUAAUAAUAUUCCUGGAAUAUUUCCACCAUCAUCGUUGUCUUUGAUUCCAAGUCGAACUCGACAUGAUUCUUCAACAAGUGGCUCAAGUGCUGGUGAUUUAGGCGAUGUUACACCUUGCAAUGCUUCGCCAAAUCUCUCGACUUUGAUUCCAUUCAGACAAGUUCGCGAUGACAAUGAAGAAGUAUGGAGACAACAAAUACAAGCUUUAACGACGCAGGCGUCUUACAAUGCUCUUGACUUUUUCCACUUACUCAGCAGAAUUUUAAGGGAUGUUAGCAGUAAAUCAGUUGGUCUCACUCGAGAAGCAAGUGCCUUGUUAAACAAUGGAGGGACAGCUUCUAAUCAGCUUGGUUCACAUUUGUCUAGUCAUGCUGAAUUACUCAGUACAAAAGGAGAGCCACCGCUUGUUUGGUUUUCAACCACAGUAUUCGGAAAUCAAAGACUUAACGAAACAUUGAGAUUUGGAAUGCUUGAGAUUCAAGAACAUCUUGAAACUUUCUUGGAUCGAAAAGAUCACGCUACGGAGUGUCUCGAGGCAGUGAAAACAACGUCGAAACUACAUGCAUUAGACGAGGCCCAUUCAACUGAUGCGAGUAUCGAGGAAAUGCUUUUGGAUUUAGGAAGAGCCCUUUAUAAAUUACAUUUUCAACUUUUACUUUUGAUUGAGGCGUCAAAUAAAAUGUUGGCCGCCUUAUUGAGUGCGGCGAAAAAUAUUCAAAUUCAAUUGCAAGAUAUGUCAUUGGAAAUAGCGAAUAUGAAAAUUGCUUUAAGUAGAGCACUUGAAGAAAGUACAGAGAGUGAAAGAGGAACACCAACGCCAACGCCAAGUUCUAGUUCUGUUUCGGGUAAUGGAGCACACGAGGAAUUUGCAAGAGUUGCGGAACUUUUGGGUUCUGAAAGAUGGUCCUCUGCUCUUGAGGCUGUUCGACUUCACAGGGCAAAAUGGCCUGGUGAUCCUUUUCAUGACGAUGACGAUGUGACGACUGCUGUCAAUAUGUAUUGCAGACACUUGGGACAAGAUAGAUCUGAACUCUUUGUGGUAACACGAAGUGACGAUGAAAUGUCGGAUAUAUUCAGUAAAUUGAUGGAGAGUCUCUUUAAAGUUUUAUCAGCUGUGACGGGCCUGGAAGCUUCUACAAAGGCAGCCAGAGUCCAGAGCGAAACUCCAACAAAAAACGAUUGCUAAUUUAACUCUAUAGUUUUUGUAGUCAAUCGUAUUUAAGAAUUUUAAUUAAUUUUCGUGUGUCCACGAAAAAUAAAAAUCUAAUUACAAUUCUUUUUACUGUGAUUGAUUGAAUAUACGUGGAUAACGUCUCUCAAUGUUUCUACGGCAAGAGGAAACAAAACAUUUUUUGUACCUAUCAAAAUGAUUAUAUAUAGACUGAAAAUUUUAAUGUCUAUGGAAAUUUGCUUUUUUUUUGACACUGAUGUGAUUCUUUUCUUUCGUUGUAGACAAGAAAAGAAUGUAUGUGUGUGAGAAAACGUGAAAAAAAGGAAGAACGCACAAAUUUGAAAAUCAAUUUUUGUAAUUUGAUUUCAAGUGACGACGAUUUUGGAAAAAUUGUUUUCAAAAUUCAUUCAUUUCGAAAAAAAACUUUUCACGUUGAAUAUCACUGAAUGGUAAAAAUUUAUUAUAAUUACUUUCUUUUUACUAAAUUGGUAUACAACUGGGAAUUUGAUAAAUGUGAUAUUUAUAAUGGAAAAUAUGUCACGAAUAA